UCUUCUGACCUUGUGCUGAAAUCACAAUAACUACUUUUCUUUCUAUUAUAGAGUCUAGUAUUUAAUGAACAUGUCACACCCAUGUUCUUCCACGCCAUUUGAUAGGGUAGGAGGGUAUCAUGAGUAAGGCAGAAUAGAGAAGGCUAGCUAGUGGAUUGAACAGCAUGUCCAUGAACUGCCAAGAGAUUAUGGAGUCCAAAGAAACAACCGAGGAUAAAGAAACUAGGAGUGAGCAACAAGAUAACAUGGAAAACAAUUUGAUGGAGCAAACUAAAAUACCUCAAGUGAGAGCAAUUGUUGAAAGACAGGAUCCCUCUUCUAAGGAAGUAGAUGACCUGACGAUUAGAAGAUUUUUGCGUGCUCGUGAUUUAGAUAUAGGAAAGGCUUCUUCCAUGCUCCUCAGGUACCUGAAAUGGAGAAGGGAAUUUGUUCCAAAUGGUUCAGUUUCUCUGUUGGAGACGCCAAAUGAAGUUGCACAGAACAAGAUGUUUCUGCAAGGAUCAGAUAAAAAAGGACGACCUAUAACAGUUAUCCUUGGAGCUAGGCAUGUUCAGAGCAAAGGAGGUCUAGAAGAAUUCAAGCGUUUUGUCGUCUAUGGUUUUGACAAAAUAUGUUCAAGGAUGCCACCAGGACAAGAGAAAUUUGUUGUCAUUGGAGACCUUGAGGGUUGGGGAUAUGCAAACAGCGAUAUCCAUGGAUACCUUGCAGGUUUAUCCAUUUUGCAGGAAUAUUACCCUGAACGGCUUGCAAAGGUAUUCCUUGUGCAUGCUCCCUACAUUUUUAUGGCAGUGUGGAAGAUUGUUUAUCCUUUUAUAGACAAAAAUACCAGGAAGAAGGUAAAAUAGUAUUUGUGGAUAACAGGAAGCUGAAAUCAACUCUCCUUGAAGAAAUUGAUGAGAGCCAGAUCCCAGACAUUUACGGGGGGAAACUUCCAUUAAUUCCUAUCCAUCAAAGCAAGUGAUGCAGCCAGCAAGCAACUGUACGAAAACAUGAUCGAAGACCAAUGUACCCUUACUAUAUUUAAAGUCAAUGUGGACCUCUUAAUGUUAGUCGGCAGGUCUUGCCACAUUAUUGUUGGUUGCCUUGUGGCUGCCUUCAGGUUUCUACUUUAAAAUAGCUAGAGCUAAAUGUAUGAUUUUCAA